CCACUUAGUUCGAUUUCAUUGAUAUGUUUCUCCUUGUCCAGCCUCGUUUCUCCAAACAAAUUCAAAGUAGCGACGCAAAUGCAGGCAGACCCCUGUUUUGUCUUCAUCAGACAUUCUAUUGAAGUUGUAACUAACUGUCACUAACAACAUAGUACUUGUACCCAUAGCACAUAUUUACAGCGAGAACAACAUAUUUACAGCGAGAACAACAUAUUUACAGCGAGAACAACAUAUUUGCAGCGAGAACAACAUAUUUGCAGCGAGAACAACAUACUUUUUAUUUACAGCGAGUAGAACAACACAGCGAGAAUAACAUUCUUAUUUACAGCGAGAACAACAUAUUUAGAUUUACAGCGUUAAAGAACCGACGACAUCAGUAACGCCAUUGAAACGAACAGUACAAGGAACAUACAUACAUAGGUAGUCAUAAACAACAACGAUGAACGCUCUCACGGACCUCGACGACGUCUCUCCUAUGAAGGCACCGAUGCAACCGCCUGCACUACCACCAGCUCUGGCGUCCAAAGCUCAACCUGGUGCUCAAGAACGUAACAAGGAUCAUGCUAGUCCUAGAAUUGAGACUUCAGCAUCUGCUGGCAGUCGUAGUUGGUCGAAGCCCGGAGCAGAUGCUCCCUGUAAGGCUACGGAAUUGACUAGUACAACUUCAUCUGGAUCUACUGGCAGUAGUUCCUCCAGCAGUUGUCCUAGUACAACUGGGACGUGUAGUACUGGUGAAGAGGACCUACUACAGGUACACGCAGAUGAGAUUCUGUCAGCGAAAACACAAUCUUCAUCUUCCUCUGGUACAAAAGACGAAGUAAAACAACUAUCUCAAGAACCUCAGGGUGAAGCUCCUUCAACUACAAGAAGAACAGUUGAUGAAUCGCCAACGCAGCCGCUUGUCCCACCACCUCCGCCUCCACCUUCGGAUCUUUUGCCUUCUAUGGUAGCUGCAGUAGAUGCUGUGAAAAACCAAGACGCCACUUCUGCUGGGGGACCAGAGGUUGAACCCGGGGGUACGAAUCCUUCUGGAGCUUCAGCACCUUCAACACCAGUUGUACCAGUCAUCAAAAAUAACAUGAAGAAGUCAUCAAAAAUAACUGUGUCCAGCAUGGGGUCGAAAAAUGCUUCUUUCGUUGGAGGUGCACCUCCAUCAAGAUCUUCCUCCAAAGAUGAGCAUAUUAGCGUUACCAGUUGUAUUUCUACUACUUCCCGAGCUCUAGGUGCAGUACAACAGGCAGGAGCCGUACAGGUGCAACCUUCAGUACAACAACCUUUGCUGGCAGGUGCAGGACUACCAGUACAACAACCUUUGUUGCAAGUUGAAACAUCACCCUGUCUUCACCCUGGCGAUGAAGAUGGGUCAGUGGUUAAAAUGUUCGCGGGGUUACUGGAACUUCUCGAACAAAAAGACCAGGAGAUUCUCAACUUGAAGAGUGAGAUUACACGUCUGAACCUUGCGCAGUGGUCCUUGGCGGAUGAGAAGGUAUUUGAUUCUUUUAUGUAUACAGAUUAUACAGAAGUUUUUACGCUGUGUAAGUGUUGUAUGUCUAUGUUGUACUUCUAUCUAGUGAGUGCAUAUGAUCUAUGACCAACUAUUUAUAGUGUGUACAAUUUCUAUGUACUUUAAUAUCUAGUGAAGCUUCCUUGUCCCUCUCCCUUUCCCGGCUCAUGAAGAUUCUUCAUUUCUAUUUAUCUAUUGUCUACUCCUCCUCCAGGACGCUCUCCAAUACGCUUUCGAUGCUCUUGUCGAGGCCAACGACGCAGCUCUGGAGGAAAACUCUUCGACUGUCAGUAAAAACCUCCUUUUGGAAGGGACGCCGGAUCUUGGAGUUGUGAAUUUGACAGGAACAUCAAUUCGUCGUGGUGCUAGUGCUUCUUGCCCACGACCUCGUAAAAGUAACGCCACUGCGAAUCACGUGCUGACAGGAGGUGAACAUCAACACAUUACAGGAGGAGGACAACAAUUCCACGACCAGCAAGAAGUAUACGAUCAGCACACGACGAUGAAUAAUGUUGAGAAUCAACAGACUGCUUGUCAGCAUCAAGUGGAGCAAUUAGUAUUGCUUUCGCCUGAGUGCGUCGUUCCUCCUCCUCCUCCGCCAGACGGACAAGAAGACGAACUAGUACUUGAAGGACAGGAAGAGUCAAUAUUGAUGCCGAGUCAAGUGCUGAGUCAAAAUCAAGAACUAGUAACGGCUGGUGAUCAAUGCACUACUUCUUACUAUCAGCAUUACAUCAGUAGCGGAGAGGAAGAGGGCGUUGGACAUGGGACUGGUGAUUCCCAACAACUGCAUAGUAUGGGGAUGGAAUUCUACAGUGCAACUACUGGUGGCGGCGAACAUUAUUUGAUUGAAGAGCAGUUACAACAAAUAGCUGUUGGCUAUAAUAGUUACAAUCAUCCAAUAGGAGAUCAUCAGCAUCAGGCUUAUCUUAUAGGCGACAUGCAAACGACUGGAAACAUUGGAGAUCAGCAUCAGGCUUACCUCAUAGGCCGCGAUCAUCAGUCCUCGUACCACCACGAUCUCAAUAAUAUGCAGAGUACAUCAGCAGGCUCUUCAUCUGCUUCUGAAGCCAAUGGACCACAUGGAGGAAUCAUUGAGCAACAUGAUUACAAUUUCAUUAACAGCUUGCUUCUGGAGCAGGGAUAUCAUGGAGGAGGAGCUUUCGUAGUAGACCCUUCACCGUCUUCCGCAUCGUCAUACCACGCAAAUGGUAAUACUUCUACGAUGUUGAAUACUUUGGGCGGAACAACAGGUAUCAUCUCCUCUAUGGAGGACGUCGCUCAACAUUUGUUCGAUGGCUCAAGCUCAACCUCAGCUGUUGGCCUUGGAGCAGAAGUUGAUGGAGAUUCUAGUAUUUAUUCGACAAAUGGAGGUACAGGUAUUACUAGUUCAGCAAGUAUGAAUCUCGUACGCGGCCUAGUCUCCAAGGGAGCUGGUGCCGGAGGGGAUGCACUUGCUUCUCUACGUGGAAGCGGAAGCUCCGAGCAUCAACUACAUCAGAGUGGUGCAAAUACUUCCUCCUCGUCUACAACUGUAGUUUCUUCAGCAUCUCUUUCGUAUACAGGAGCAACUACUACUUCUUCCAAAGGAGGUGGAGGCGCACCUAGAGCUACCAAUACGAAGAAGGGUGGUGGCAAUGGACAUGGCACAGGUGGAAAUACGAACAACUCUUCUAGUACAACUGGAGGUGCUGGAGCUGGUACUAGUACUGGCUCUUCUACUUUUGGUAGUAGUUCUACAAGCGCUUCCGGAGGUCCGAAUCGGCCAGAUGCUAUGAUGUCCUCGAUCGGCAGCAAGAAUGCCGCGUUUGCGUCCAAGGGUGAGGGUCGCGUUGCCCAACGGUUACUCCAAGAUCAUCUUCCCGAUGGAGGUAAGCAGAAUGACACGACCAGGGCGGAUAGGAUGAAGAAGGGAGGAGGUGGUAAGGCGAAUAGUUGUACCUCUUCCAGUGGUAGUUGUACUACUUCUUGCGCUUCACACCGUGACUAUAAAAGUGGUCCUCUUGCUGGCUACAACAAGAACAAUCUAGCACAAGCUCAAGGGCAAAACAAGUCAGCUGAAGAUGCAGCGAACGAAAAGUUGAAGGAAAGGCUUCUCCACGAAGCUGAGAAGAUGAAACGCAAUGGAGCAACUGAAGAACAAAUCCAUGCAUCCUUGACGCGCAUCGCUUCUGUUGCGCACAAAUUGAAGCGAACCUCAUCCACGACGUCCUCAAACCACAGUACUAGAAGUCAACAGGGUACUCCAUAUUCCAAAGGGCAGCAACAUUCUGCUCAUCAGGCUCAAUAUCUUCAAGGGGAAACCAAUACGGCUACGAAUACGAAUUACAAUGUUGGAGGAAAUGCUUAUGCACCAAAUGCUCGCACAACUUCAUCUAGCACUAGUACUGCAACUGCUAUUAAUUCAUCCUCUAAGGCUGCGGGAAUAAACGGAGGUGGAAAAGCUGGUGGAGGUGGAAAGCAACAUCAGAGUUAUAAUAAGAACUAUUUGAACCAACAGCACCACCACCAGAUGAGUGCUGGUCAGUAUAAUACCGGUCAACAGGGUCAGGGAGGUGGGUCUAGUGCUGCGUAUCAUGGACGACAUGGUGGAGGUGGGUACCAACAGCACUACAACUCAACAACACACUCAUCUAGUGGUAUGAUGUCCUCGAUGUCCUCCCACAAUAAUAAUGCGUCUUCUUCUACCUCUGGAAGUAGGUGUACUUCCGGUGGGCAACAACCAGUGAACUACGAUGCUUUUGGAAAGAAAGGUCUUUCAUCGAAGUCCUCGGCUCUAGAGCCGAUGAUCGUGUCUCAUCAAAAUAGCAAAAAAUCUGGCUCAACAACAUCUGGUGCAGCUCCAUCAAAUCCAAAUUCGAAAAAAGGAGCUUCUACCCUAGUGAGUUCUAGGACAAUGAGUUCUAGUACUGAAGGAUUAUUACCACAUCACGGGAACCACAGCCAUCAUCAAGACAGCAAUCUUGGAGCAGGCACGACAACACCCAGUGGCAGUGAGCAUGAUGAAACCGGGUCCGCAGAAGGUGGAGGCAUUAGCUCUACAGGUGAUCAUCAAGAAGACAGUGCCGACAGACGUGCACAGCAGAAGAAAAGAGCCCAAGAAUUGCUCAGUCGACCAAGACGGACGUUGGCCACGACUGAUUAUAAAAGCUUUUCAGGAGCAGCUAACGUUAAGGCCGCUAGUACCGCUAACGCAUGCCCUUAAUGUCAUCCACUUUGGCCUCUUUUUCAAGGAGAAAAAGGGCUCAGGGAUGUGCUCAGGGAUGCGAGCGCGGUAGUUCUAAUAACGCACAUCUUCAACAUCAUGGGAAUAAUAUGAAUUCUGGUCCUCAAACUGGAAGUGCUACAUCUUCAGGAAAUGCAGGAGGAGGAAAGCAAGGCUCUUCAGCGGGAGGAUACAACCAUCUGAAUCUUCAAAAAGGGCAUCAGCACUAUGCUGGUAGUUCUUAUCACGGAGGUGCUGGUGGCGGAGUAGAUCAACUGCAUGGGUACAAUAUUAACUCGAACAAUAGUCAAUUAUACCAUGAAGAACAAAUGAUGAACCAGCAUCAACAUUCUGCUCAACAGCAACAGUACAAUGUUGACUAUAUUAACCAGCAUGACCACGACGUCAAUCAUGGAGAUCAUGAUCACUGGAAUCCUUACCCUACAACAACUACAUCAACUACUAGUAGUGAUGUUCUUCAACAACCUGUUGAACAUGCUCAAGUACACCAGCACUCUUCAUCUCCAGAAGAUGCUCAUGGAGCAUCCAGUGCUACGUUCGCCUCUGUUACCGCGUCUGGUCAAGAACAGAAACAACGAACUAGUACUGUUGCUGCUGUUGAAGGGCAAGGGCAACCCCAACAAACACAUUCUAGUGCUGUCGUGACUGAACACAAGGCCGCAUCAAAAAUUGCUGCUCCUGUAGUCGCACCGCCAGUCAUGGGCAAUAAGGGAGGUAAGCCGCAAAGUAAGAAGGGAUCUUUAAGGGUAGAUUAAAGGUGUUCCUGUUACCGUUCGUUUUGCCUUUCUGAAGGGGGAAAGGCAUAACGAACGGGGUAAACGAACACCAAAAGCCUACCGCUAAGAUCAGCCCGCAAUGCCUGGGGUGGAGCUUCAGUGCAGAAGGGUGGCCCGACUUACACUGAUUUCCUGAAAGGCGCAAUCGAACAGUCUUCUUGA